GCUCCUCUCGGCUCAGCUCGCCUCUCUCGGCUCCUCUGUGGAGUUUUAGUUUGGUGGAAUCUCUGCUGACGUCACGUCGUUCCCAAUACAGAGACUGAGAAAGGGGAAGGGAAGGGGAGAGAGAAAGAGAGAACGCUGGAGAGGAGCAGAAAGAGAGAGCCAGCAGUUGGGAGAUCUCCGGGUCCCAGAGAGAAAAGUCCCAACUCCCUCGGAACUUUGCACACUAUUUGGGAUCCCUUUAUUUCUCCUGGCCCCGAGUUUCUGGUGUUUACAGGGAAGCCAGCACCUCGGAUUGCUCAAGCAGUGCGGUGGGAAGCAAAGGACGUGGUAGGGAGCUCAACUCGGAGCCGAUAACGGGUGAUGGAGACCAACUGCCGUAAACUUGUUUCGGCUUGUGUGCAAUUAGGCGUGCAGCCGUCAGCCGUUGAAUGCCUUUUCUCCAAAGACUCAGAAAUCAAAAAGGUCGAGUUCAGUGAUUCCCCCGAGAGCCGGAAAGAGGCGGCAACCAGCAAGCUCUUCGCCAGGCAGCAUCCCAGUGCCAACGGGCAGCCACGCUCGCUGGACUCCUCUAAGCACCGGCUGGAGGUGCACACCAUCUCAGACACUUCCAGUCCCGAGGCCUCAGAAAAAGAUAAAAGUCAGCAGAGCAAGAAUGAGGAUGCCGGGGCCGAGGACCCAUCCAAGAAGAAGCGGCAGCGGAGGCAGCGUACCCACUUCACCAGCCAACAGCUGCAGGAGCUGGAGGCCACCUUCCAGAGGAACCGCUACCCGGACAUGUCCACCCGAGAAGAGAUCGCCGUGUGGACCAACCUCACGGAAGCCAGAGUGCGGGUUUGGUUCAAGAAUCGCCGCGCCAAGUGGAGAAAGCGGGAGCGAAACCAGCAGGCCGAGCUGUGCAAAAACGGCUUCGGGCCCCAGUUCAACGGCCUCAUGCAGCCCUACGACGACAUGUACCCGGGCUACUCCUACAACAACUGGGCUGCCAAGGGGCUCACGUCGGCCUCCCUCUCUACUAAGAGCUUCCCCUUCUUCAACUCGAUGAACGUCAACCCUUUGUCCUCGCAGAGCAUGUUCUCCCCGCCCAAUUCCAUCUCGUCCAUGAGCAUGUCGUCCAGCAUGGUGCCCUCGGCGGUGACUGGUGUCCCGGGUUCCAGCCUCAACAGCCUGAAUAACUUGAACAACCUGAGCAGCCCCUCGCUGAACUCGGCGGUGCCGACGCCCGCCUGCCCUUAUGCGCCGCCGACCCCUCCGUACGUUUACAGGGACACGUGUAACUCUAGUCUGGCCAGCCUGAGACUGAAAGCGAAGCAACACUCCAGCUUCGGGUACGCCAGUGUGCAGAACCCGGCGUCCAAUCUGAGCGCCUGCCAGUACGCUGUAGACAGACCAGUGUGAACCCCGGAGCCACCACAGCGCCAAUCCAGAAA